AUGGGAGUCCCAGAGGGAUACUGGGUGGAAUUUGCUGUGUAUAAGAUGGAGGGAUUAGCAAACACUUGGUGGAAACAGGUCAAGAGGAGAAUAGAUGUCGCAGGGUUGACCUGGGAACAGUUUGAGACGUUGUUCAAUGAACAAUACUUCCCUCAGAGUUACAGGGAAGAAAAAGCGUUGGAAUUUAUGUCUCUACUACAAGGAUACAUGUCUGUAAGGGAAUAUGAGGCCAAGUUUAAUGACCUAUCCCGGUUUGCGCCAUCACUAGUGGAGUCUGAACACAUGAGGUGCCUUAAGUUUGAGAAAGGCCUCAAGAACUCUGAUUUGGUAGCGGCUGCUACACGGGUGGAACAGGAUAACUUGGCCUAUCACCAAAGCAAAGAAGCAACGGGUCAAGUCUCUAUCUCUGGUAGACCUUCUGUCUCAGGUGGGCCACAGCGGAGCGGUAGGAGAAACCGUAACCAGGGACAAACGGUUGGGGAGAUGGCAAGUGGUGACAGUAAUUCGUCCGAAAGUGACAGAAAUGCUCCGUACGGGCCCAGGUGUCACCAUUGUGGGCAGCUGAAAAUCAAGGAGGAAUACAUUCCGAAAACUACUUUCAGAACUCGAUAUGGACACUUCGAGUUCCUGAAAGAACAUGAGCAGCACUUGAGAAUUGUUCUUCAAACUCUUCGUGAACACCAGUUAUAUGCGAAGAAGGAAAAGUGUGACUUCUGGUUGACAAAAGUGAAAUUCCUUGGGCAUGUGAUUUCUGGACAGGGGAUUUCUGUAGAUUCUUCCAAGAUCGAGACUGUGCUACAGUGGGAAAGGUCGAAGAAUGUAGCGGAGAUUCACAGUUUCCUCAGACUUGCAGGGUACUACCAGUGUUUCGUGAAAGACUUCUUGAGUAUUGCUGCACCGCUGACUCGGUUAACCAAGAAAGAAGUCAGAUUCUAG